CGCCCCCGGCGCGGGGCCGCGCUGGCCUCCCGGCGGACCCGGCACCCGCCGGGCUGGGCGCAGCGGGGCGGCCCCGCGGCCGCGCUGGAGGGGGCGAUCGCUCCGCGGGCGGCAGGGGAGCGGCGGCACCAAAAAACUGCAGCCGGCUGCGCGGCACGCAAAUCAGGAGGGAGCAGCGAACAUCACACCAGAGCCGCCUGAUUCCUGAUUGCUCCGCGGCGGAGGGGGAGAGACGGAGACUGAGAGGGGCGAGCGGCAGAGCCGGGGACGCCGGCGGAGGGGUCGGGAACGCCGCCCCGCAAGUUUCCCUGAUGCCUUCGGGAGCGUGAGGAGGCGCCCGGCCCUCGUCCCCCUCCCGCCUCAGGAGCUCGGCGGCGGGGGGCGAGACGCUCCACCGUGGGAAACCGAAGCCCCUCGGCGCUGCCUCCGGCCGGGGAUGCGGGGGGCCGUGCGGCGCGGACGGGGGAGGAGGCUGCUCCCGCGGAGGAGGCUGCUGAAGGACCUUCUGCGGGACUGAAGGUGCCACCGGCCGGAGCCGGCGGAGGGAGCGGGGCGCGACCCCCCCCCCCCUCCCGGCCGCCGCCGUCUCGAAGUUGCCGGAGCUCUCCCGGCUCCCAGUGCCGCCGCCCCUCGCGGCAGGGCGGCAGCGGGGGCUCCCGGCGCCCCCGCCCGCCCUCGCCCUCCGCGCCGCCGCCCUGCCCCGGGACCCCGCCGGUGGAUGCGCCCGCCCCGGCCCGCGCAGCCCCCGGCGGCAGUGCAGGCAGCGCAGCCCGCCGGGCCGCACCGGACCGCGGCGGGCGGGGGCGCCGCGGCGGCGUUCCCUGCUGGCCUGAAGGAGGACGGGGAGCCUCGGCGGGUCGAGGACGCGGGGCGCUCGGCCGCGGGGCGCUCGGCGGGCACCAGCCAUGGGGUGUUGUGAGGUGAGGGGAUUGCUCUGGAGCGUCGGCCUCUUCCUCCCCCUGCUGACAGCGCGCCCCGCCGCCGCCGGUCACGUCGCCAGCAACCACGUUGUGUUACUUGAUACUACAGCUGCCCUUGGAGAACUAGGAUGGAAAACAUUUCCUUUAAAUGGGUGGGAUGCCAUAACUGAAAUGGAUGAACACAAUCGUCCCAUUCAUACUUACCAGGUAUGUAAUGUGAUGGAACCAAACCAAAACAACUGGCUUCAAACAAACUGGAUCUCCCGUGAUGCUGCACAGAAGAUUUAUGUGGAAAUGAAGUUUACCCUAAGGGACUGCAACAGCAUUCCAUGGGUACUGGGAACCUGCAAGGAAACUUUCAAUCUCUACUACAUGGAGUCAGAUGAGCCUCAUGGAGUAAAAUUCAAGCCAAACCUGUACACUAAAAUUGAUACUAUUGCAGCUGAUGAGAGCUUUACCCAGAUGGAUUUGGGUGACCGCAUUCUUAAACUCAACACAGAAGUUCGUGAGGUUGGGCCAAUAAAUAAGAAAGGAUUUUAUCUUGCUUUUCAGGACAUUGGAGCAUGCAUUGCUUUGGUCUCAGUCCGUGUUUAUUACAAAAAGUGCCCUUUCACGGUCCGUAAUUUGGCUAUGUUUCCUGACACUAUUCCAAGGGUUGAUUCUUCCUCUUUGGUGGAAGUACGGGGCUCCUGUGUGAAGAGUGCUGAGGAACGUGAUACUCCAAAAUUGUAUUGUGGAGCAGACGGGGAUUGGCUUGUGCCUCUAGGACGAUGCAUCUGCAGUGUAGGAUAUGAAGAAGUGGACGGCUCCUGCCAUGCUUGCAGGCCGGGAUUCUAUAAAGCAUUUGCUGGAAAUGUAAAGUGCUCCAAGUGCCCUCCACACAGUUUGACUUACGUAGAAGCAACUUCUGUCUGUCAGUGUGAGAAAGGUUACUUCAGAGCUGAGAAGGACCCACCAACUAUGGCAUGUACCCGGCCACCUUCUGCUCCGAGGAAUGUGAUUUUUAACAUUAAUGAAACAGCUCUCAUGUUGGAAUGGAGCCCCCCGAGUGAUACUGGAGGAAGAAAAGAUCUCACUUACAGUGUCAUCUGUAAGAAAUGCGGGUCAGAUGCCAGCCAAUGUGAGAUUUGUGGGGGAGGUAUCCGUUUCAUCCCCAGGCACACAGGUCUCAUCAACUCCUCUGUGACAGUGCUUGACUUUGUGUCGCAUGUGAACUACACCUUUGAAAUAGAAGCCACAAAUGGGGUCUCGGAGCUGAGUUUCUCUCCCAAGCAGUUCACAGCUAUCACAGUUACCACAGACCAAGAUGCACCCUCCUUGAUAGGUAUGGUAAGGAAGGACUGGGCUUCCCAAAACAGCAUUGCCCUCUCUUGGCAAGAGCCGGACUUUCCCCAUGGAGCAAUUCUGGACUACGAGAUCAAGUACUAUGAGAAAGUCUACCCACGGAUAGCGCCGGCAUUUUGGCACUACCUGCGGGUAGAAGAGCAUGAGCAGCUCAGCUAUUCCUCCACAAGGUCCAAGGCUCCAAGUGUUAUCAUCACAGGUCUCAAGCCAGCCACCAAGUAUAUAUUUCAUAUCAGAGUCAGGACGGCAGCAGGAUACAGCGGCUAUAGCCAGAAGUUUGAAUUUGAAACUGGAGAUGAAACUUCUGAUAUGGCUGCAGAGCAGGGACAGAUUCUUGUAAUUGCCACUGCUGCUGUUGGUGGAUUCACUCUCCUGGUCAUCCUCACUUUGUUCUUCCUGAUCACUGGGAGGUGCCAAUGGUACAUAAAGGCCAAAAUGAAAUCUGAAGAGAAAAGAAGGGCUAAUUUGCAAAAUGGACAUUUACGUUUCCCGGGAAUCAAAACAUAUAUUGAUCCAGACACGUAUGAAGACCCAUCUCUUGCUGUCCAUGAGUUUGCAAAGGAGAUAGAUCCUUCAAGAAUUCGUAUUGAGAGAGUUAUUGGGGCAGGUGAGUUUGGAGAGGUAUGCAGUGGACGUCUGAAGACACCAGGAAAAAGAGAGAUACCUGUUGCAAUUAAAACUCUAAAAGGUGGCUAUGUGGACAGGCAGAGAAGAGAUUUCCUGAGAGAGGCCAGUAUCAUGGGACAAUUUGAUCACCCAAAUAUAAUUCGCCUUGAAGGAGUUGUUACAAAAAGAUCCUUUCCGACCAUUGGGGUGAAGUCUCUUUCGAGAUUCCUGAGGGCGGGAUUUUUAAAUAGCAUCCUGACCUCACAUCCAGUGUCAGGGGGUGGAUCUUUACCCCCCAGCAUUUCCUCUGGCAGACCAGUAAUGAUUGUAGUUGAAUACAUGGAGAAUGGAUCCCUUGACUCCUUUCUGCGGAAGCAUGAUGGCCACUUCACAGUCAUCCAGUUGGUUGGCAUGCUGCGGGGGAUUGCAUCUGGUAUGAAGUACCUCUCAGACAUGGGCUAUGUACACCGUGAUCUGGCAGCCCGUAAUAUCUUGGUCAACAGUAACCUCAUGUGUAAAGUCUCUGAUUUUGGUUUGUCACGAGUGUUAGAGGAUGAUCCUGAAGCUGCUUACACAACAAGCGGUGGAAAAAUCCCCAUAAGGUGGACUGCUCCUGAAGCUAUAGCUUACCGGAAGUUCUCUUCAGCAAGCGACGCAUGGAGCUAUGGGAUUGUAAUGUGGGAGGUGAUGUCCUACGGUGAGAGACCAUACUGGGAGAUGUCCAAUCAGGAUGUUAUACUCUCUAUUGAAGAAGGCUACAGGCUUCCAGCUCCCAUGGGGUGCCCAGCUUCUCUUCACCAACUAAUGCUUCACUGCUGGCAAAAGGAGAGGAACCACCGUCCAAAGUUUAGUGACAUUGUCAGCUUCCUAGACAAACUGAUCCGCAAUCCAAGCACCCUUCAUAACCUAGUGGAGGAUGUACUUGUAAUGCCAGAUUCACCUGGUGAAGUUCCAGAAUAUCCUUUGUUUGUUUCAGUCAGUGACUGGCUGGACUCCAUAAAAAUGGGUCAGUAUAAAAAUAACUUCAUGGCAGCAGGUUUCACAACUUUGGAUAUGGUUUCAAGAAUGAAUAUUGAUGACAUUAGAAGAAUUGGAGUUGUACUCAUUGGACACCAGAGACGAAUAGUCAGCAGUUUACAGACUUUGCGGUUACACAUGAUGCACAUACAGGAGAAAGGAUUUCAUGUAUGAAAGUACUAGAAUCAACUGUGUUUUGUGCCUCAGCAUUUAUAAAAUGGAAAAAUAUUCUCAUUCUUCCCUUCUGCUCUUCCCAACUUCAAGAACUGCAAUCUCCUGUUCAGACUAUAAAAGUACUUCUAUGUUAAUGCUUCCAAACUGGAAUUUUUAAUCACACUGCAUAGCUCCUCCGCCACUUAUCUGCCGAUAAAAUCCUGGCCUACUACAAGACUCUUGCUACACAUUGAUGAAUAACUCAGCAUGGAUGUGUAACUUUGUAUAACACUAUUUGGGAAACUUUCAUGAACUUACUUGAAAGUAGUAAUCUAUUUGGCCUGGUGUGGCUUCUUUAUCGAUGUAUUUAGAGUUUGCUGGUAGAUCAAAAAGUAUUUGACUUCUUUCAUGUUCUGUGACCAUGUAACUUCCAAUACCAAAUGUGCAAUCAAAAAGAAGUUUGACAUAAAUAUUUAUUUUCUCUCUUAAUUAAAUCCAGACGUAUGGGUCCUAUCGUUAUAUUACUUUACGAUAGUUCGAAUGCUGGUAAGCUGGUGCCUCAAAACAUUAGUAUUGUUUGCAGAAAUGACUGAUGAUUUUAUGUAGUGAGUUUUCAAUGUGGGAAUAAUUGGGAGGAUAGUGAGCGAAAUCUGUUUGAAAUCUUAAGGUCCUUGAUUUUGAAUUACUUUAGCACUCGACACUUUUUAUGCUUUAAAUUUUAGAUUAGGUUGGAAAACUUGUUCAUCCUUGGGAUUCUUCACCACCCUAGACUUUUUUUUAUUUUUUUUUGGUAAUACUCAGCAUUUGCUUCUACUACGUGGCAAAUACUCACUGGAAAACUGUUUGUAACAUUUCCAUAACCAUGUGUAAAACAUGGUUGUCAGCUAUAUCGUGGCCACAUAGACUUCAGAAAGCUUUCUGUUCCAAAAAUGCAGGCCUCUGCUGCUUGAACUACGCAUAAUUUCCACCAGUGGUAGUAGACCUUAGAGGGCCAGCCAUCAGUGGGGUGAUGUGCUUAUUCCCAUGGGAGCAGGCCAGCCAUAUCAUUCUCCAGUUGAGGGCAGCGGUACAACCACCAACUAAUGCUGGAAGUUACACACUGCGGUAUUCAGUUAUCUUGUACAUAGGCAGAAAAGGAGACGUAGGACAGCAGUGUAAUAAUAUGUUGCCUUGAGUCUACUUCUAACUGCUUUUAGAAGUAAAAAGCAGACUCUGCUGAAAUGGAGCUCUGGUUACUAUGGGCUAGAUCUUCAUUUAGUACAGUUAUCUAAAUGACAUUGAAGACAAUGACCUUUAGAACUCUUCAAUAGCCAUAUUUACAUGCAAGAAAAUGUCUGCAAAGGCCUAACAUAAUAUUUGUACCUCUUUAAGACUUACAGCUUUCAUGUUCUGUUCAGACAGCUUACACAGACGUGCUGGGCUACAUUUCCAAACUUUUGCAUGGGAUACGUGCUACUGGGAACAGGGGAACGAGCGCAUGUCUGCGUGCUGUAGAAGUCACACGCAGAUCUACAUGCAUGUCACAUGUAAACUGGGUGCAGAUGCUUUUGUUGAUUUAUACAUAGUUUGGAGGAUGUUUUUUAGUUAUGUGGCAUUCCAAUAUACUCAAGCAUUACAACUCUUCUGUUAAAACAUGCAUUUGGGCAAUUAGUAUAAUAUAUGUGUAUAUCAAAAUGAACUAACUACUUAAUGUAAUCAUAAUGAUAUUUACUGCUUAAUUUACAUCUUGUAAAUCAAAAUGUAUCUCCUAACUCUUGGAAAAGGCUGCUAUUGUAUACCGGUGGCAAAGAAGGAAAAUCAGAAAGCAACUCAGAAAAGAUUAUGCUUCCAACCAGUUCACAGAGUAGGACACGCUAGGCCUGAUUCACUGUUGUCACUUCAUGCUGGAAUAACUGCAUUAGUUUAAGUGGUAUAACAGUAGUGCACUAAGUAAAUUUUCCUUUCUUUCAUUUAAAAAAAAAAAACAAACAGAUUUAACUGAGGAACAAGUUUUCUAAAGAUCAGGAUUCACCAGUGUUCUACAACGCCAAUUUGAUGAGCUUUUUUUAAAGAAGGGCAGCUCCAGUCCUAUUCUAGCUACAAAGGUAAUUUUGCCAGCAUGAGCAGUCCCACUGAACUCAGUAGGACUGUACAAGCAUGUGCAUUUUGCAGGAUCACAGGCCUUUAGUGGGGAAAAAAAGCAUUUGUUCUUUUCUGUGACUGUCACUUGAAAAAUUCUGCCCCAAUUCCACAUCUGAAUAAUUUUUUGGUAAAGGUUCUCUUAUGGAAAGAAAAUCAUACUUACCUGAAGCCUUUUAAAAAAUACUGUCAUCACAGAGUAAUUUAAAAGUUCAUUUUCCUUAAUCAUUUUGUUAUCCAUUUUGCCUGUCAUUGCUUCCGUGGCCAACAACGUGACAUCUGUGGAAGGAGCCUCUCUCACAAUUAAAUACAUUACCGAGGAGGUAUGAGUCUGUUAUUUGUUAAUGGGGUUUUAAAAUUACUCAUAAUUAAUCCAAACCAUGUAUGUGCACUUCUAAAUUCUCCUUUGCACAUUUUUUCAUUCCUGGUAGUGUGGAUGCAGAGCAGCAUGUUAUGUGUGCACAAACUGGAUAUAUCUCAUGGAAAUUAAUUUAAAAAUUUAUCACACUACUGAAAAUAUAUUUUCAAUAGAAAAAAUAUAACAAUAUUAAAACAUUUAUUAAUCAGAUAUAUUUUUUUAUAUAAACAAGAGUUUGGGUAACCAGAAAGGAAAGAACAAGGGAUUCUUUGGGUGAGGAUGUUUAUUAAAAACAUUGUAAAUCCAGGAUUUUGUGGGUUUAUAUGGCUUGGGUUUUUGUUGUUGUGGUGCAGUAUGACACUUUUAUAUUAGUUAUCUUGAUCAAAUUUAUAUUUUCCCCAUUUUUGGAAACACUUUAUUUGCUCUUGCUCCAAUUCCAAGCUUACUCUUGUUUGGGGGGAGGGGGUCCUAUUGUUUUCAUUUAAAAACAAACAAAAACCCAACGGGUGUUAUUUUUCAAAUGUGAGCUUAAUUCUGUGCAGGCCACAAAUGUAUAUCUGAAAUUAGAGUAAAUUUCUUUGUUACAGGGGAUACUUUCUUCAGGUGAAAAUCAGCUUUAUUUGGUUACCCUGCAUAUUGCAGUGUGCAGUUAGAGUUUAAAUUUAACAAAUUUAAGCAAAUCUAGUAGGCUGUUUUUGAGAAUCUGGCCCACAUUGCAGAGUGCUUCAUGACUGAAAAGUUCACAAAAUAAAGUGUGCAUGAUACGCAAGCCAGAAAAAAAAAGGCAUUAAAAAGAGGAUAUAAGGAAAUAGUUCUAAGUUAUUUACAAGUAAUAUCCAUAUGUAGAUUUUUCUCACAGAUCUGACUGUCAUUAAUCUAGAAUAAAAUCCAUCCACCUGUACUGUUACCAUGGCUCGUGUAUCGCUUAAGCCUCCAAAACAUAGCUUAAGUGAGGGCCUUGACUGAGCAGGACCAGAUUAGUGUCUCUUGGCUGACAAGUGCACUGCCCCAGCUGUCCAUCACGUGCCAACCACAGUGCUUUCAAAGUUGACUGACAAGCAACUUGGAUGUCCAUGGGAUGGUCAUCUAACAUGGAAACCAUAUCAGUCAUCCUUACUCAAGCUAUCCCCACUUGUCAACCAGAGCCCUGAGACAUACUGGGAGGAAUUCUUCUCACCUAAUUUUUGGAGGUCUGAUUUGAGCAAGUCAUCUGAGGUUCCCUUUUAAUCAAGGGAGAGAAGUGGGCCCUUGUAGGAUGUGAGUCAUCUGAUAAAUGUAAUUAGUUACUUCUGGGUUAGAUUAAUUGUGCCAAAGAAGGACCUGUUUCUCUGCAUUCAAAGAGAUCAAAAUGACUAGCUCACAUCCAGGCAUCUGUGCUUGGUCAGGUGAAUCUCAUGCAUUGAUUGUAUCCAGUCCUUAUGCUGAACCUGUGAAAAAGAGAGGAUCUUGUCCAUAAUGCUGGUGUUAAAACUGAACAAGUAACAGCAGAAGGUUCAGUAGAUUUUGCUCAUGAGGUGUUUGCAUAUUGGAAUUACUGAGGAGCAAUGGGACUCCAUGAGGUGACAGGAAGAGAAUUGAGCUAUGUAAUUUAAAUUUUUCUUAAACAAAAGUUACCCUUUUUGUUUCCAAUGAAUGUAAAUUCAGUGUCUGUCUAAUAAAAGCUUAGACACAUGCUAUGCUUUAAGACAUCAGCCAAGACUUUUCAGCAUAAGGCAAUCCUCUAAUUGCAAAUAGUGCACUCGACAAUAAAUUCAAAUAAAUUAGUUGCUCUGGACAAAGCAUUCUGUGUGGAAAAUUGUAUUGGGUAUUUGCUGGAUUAUUCUGACAUGGAACUCGCAGGCUGUAGUACUUUGAUUUUUCUGUAAUUUAAGACUGACUAUCCAUUUUCUAUUUUUUAUAUGAUGAGCCUAAUACUGGGCUCCAUUAAUUUCUUUUUCAAUGCAGAUUCAUACAGGAUCCAAAGGUGGCUCAUAAGUAACGUACAGGUGCCCUUUAUUCAGAUGCAGUAGAGAUUCACAAUGUGGAAUAGCUGGGACGUGGAGGUGCCUAGUAAGACUGUAUUGACCACAGCAAUUUCCAUGUUCGAAUGGCCCCAUGGGACCAUAUGAGCCACCAAGAUAAAGCAGCAUAGAACAUACUUUAACUUGUAUUGAAGAUCAGUUGCUAAAUUUCAGGUGGCCCCAUUGCAAACUGAAGCAUGUAUUUAGCUGAUUUAACUCAGCUGAUGGAAUGGUUCUAUGGGACACAUUUUGGCAGCUGAGAAUUUCUCUUAUGAAUACAGGGUACCUGUAACUACCCAGUCAUGGACUCAGUUUACCUUGGAAUAUGUCCUGCAGAGAGUGGAAAGGAGGACUCACUUCUAAUCCAAUCCAACACAUCUUUUAGAGUAACAAAAGUUAGAGUCAUAAUAAAAAGUCUGUCUUCCAUUGCAUUUUCUAGGAAAAGCAUUAAAAAUAGAGAUACUUUACUCACGGCAUUUGCACAUAGUUGAAGAGCACUGUAUUCUGUUAAACAGUUUUCUUCCAGAAUGCCCUUUUUCACCAACUGUAAUUGAUCUUUCCUGAAUAAAUGGCAAAGAUAAUCUUUUUUUUUCUUUUUAUAAUGGUACUAUGAUUAUUUUUUGAGAGUGAGGGAAAGAUGUGUUGGGCUGGGCUAACACUUAGUAGGACAGUGAUCUUGAAAUCUCCUGGAGAGACAAAUGAAUCGGCCCUGAAAAGGAAAAAAAAUCCCUAAAGCCUACAAUAAGGUGAAAAAGGAAGAACUGCCCAUAUUGUGCUAGGGAUCUCUAACAUAAACCAAAGGGUUGCAUAAGACAGUUCAAUGCACUUACAGCUCACAAAUAUCUUCUACCAUCACAUACUGUAUUUAGUAGUGCACACUGCUCAUCCAUGAGUGCUAUGGUUGUGUAUAGUUCCUCAGAUUAUGGACCAGGAUACGUUGAGCAUGUUAUGGAUAUAAAAUAUUUGUCUAUAUGUACAUAAAGAAUUGUAUAUAUAAUGUAUAUCAUAAUGUCUGAGGUUUUUCAAACCUCCCAAAUUAAUUACCUAACUCCCAAUAAUACUAAUGGGGUUGAUCUGCUCCAUUGGCUUUUAAAAUUUUUAACGGCAUGCACUGUAUGUGUAUAGUACUUCCCAAACUUCCUUGGCUUGUUAUCUGGAAAUGGACAGCCUCUUGUUUCCUCCGCAGGCAGAAAAAACAUUUUCAAACUGGCUUACAGAAAGCUGCCUGGUCAUCUGAUGCUGACCCUUCUACUGCCACCACACCAAACCCCUUUCUAAUAAUUCUUUUCCGUACAACUUGUUACUGUGGAAAUCAUCAGUGAUCAUAAAGGGGAAGCAAGGUGCCCAUGACCCAGUAUCUCUAGUAAGAUGUAGUCCAUGCUAUAAAAAGUUUGAGUCCCUCUGCUGAAGUCACCAAAGAUGUUUAGUAUAUAAAUUAUUUUCUUUUAAAUAGCCAUUUAUAGACACUUACGAGGUUAAAAUGAAGGAAAUUUUCAAGGGAAUAUGAGUAAGGAUAUGCCAGUGUAUAGUAUAAAAAGAUGUGAUUAAUUUUAGAAAGAAAAAACAACAAAAAUGGUUGAUGAAAAAACAUGAGGUUAAAAAAUUGAUUAGAAUUAAAAUAUAUUUCCAUAUUUUUUAUGUGUAAUAAUACAAUGCCAGUUCAGUGAAAUCUACUUCUGUGUACGUUUCUUUAAAUAUCCUACAUGAGUAUCUCUUACCUUUCUUUCCUGCAAGAGAUUUCCCAAGUACCUCUCUCUUCCAGAAAGGUUUAGCCUAUUAUUUUUCAUACCUGUGUAAUUAAACUGGAAUAAAAAAUGCCAAGUCAUGACACUGAAGGUAUGGAAAAAAAUAUAUUAAAAAGGUCAGUCUCAAAAUCAUUUGAAGUUUUCACACCUGUUCUACUUUGUUCCUGUCCAAAAUUUUGACCUAUGUCUAAGCAUCUGAGCACUUUGACUAGUAGGUAACUACACGUGCGUCUCAGUAAUAAUGUGUGUACUGUGCCACGCUCAGAAACUCCUGAAUCUGUAAACAGUUACGUGUUUGUGUGGCUUAAUUCACAUAAGGAGGUUGAUUAGAAAUGGGACUAUUUACAUGAGUAGAGUUAGGCAUAAAGGACUUGCAAAUCCAAGUCCCUAUAAAAUAUUUGUAAGGCAGCAUGGGAUAACAUAUUUUGUCUUCUUUUUUUUUAACUUCAGUACCACAUAUAGUUUCCUUGAGGAGUCCAGUACAUUCAUUGAUAUUAUCAUAAAACCUGCUGCCCCUAUUUUUCUUGAUAUGUGAGGAGACAUUGCUGACUUUUUUCUUCAUUUGGGAAAUACUACAUGUUUUGGGGAAUAUUCAUCUCUAAUAUGCACAUCAGCAAGCUGAUUACAAAUUUGUGAAUAAACCAUAAUAAAUACUAAUACUUCUCAUUAUUGACACUUCAGUGAAGAACUGCUAAGCAGCAGCAUGUAUGUUGAGAGAUAGAUAAGCCAAAACCCUGGGACUGAAAAUUCACAAAUCAAAGAGAAUUCUAGCUCUCUGUAUUCUGAACUGUGUGAUGCCUGGGGCCUUGGUUGUAUAGAAAGGAACCUUGAAUCUAGAAUCUUGAAAAUCAUAUUUGGGGGAAAUCUGCACUGGAAUCCAAAUAUUAAUUUCUGGUUGUGAAUGAUGAAAAAGUGCCCAUUGAAACAGUCUAGGGAGUAUUUACACAGUAUCAAGACCGCAUAGUGCUCUGAGGCUCCUCUACAGCAGUGAUUGAAAAAAAAAAUCUGAUUUACUGGUUUUCCAGGGUCCAGCCUAUGACAAAAAAAACAGGUACAACUGUCAUCAUUUAGAUUAGAAGCUCCCAUAGACACAGUUCUGUAACUGAAAGACUACUUAUUCUUCUUGUUGCAUACUGGCUUUUUUGAGAGGAACCUAAAUAAACAGUAAAGAGUAGAGCUGUCCAGUUAAGUGGCUUACAAACUAGAUUUUCAGUUUUCUCUCAUUCAGACUGAGCUCUACCUGAGAAUGAUUAAGAGGCAAAAAGGAAAAGCAAGAGAGGGCUAUUUUUUUUUUAAGAAGCUGAAUGCUCUGAGCUGUAUAACUUACCGUCACAGUCCCUUUAUGUACAAUAGGAUUAGCUGAAAAAGACAAAAUGCAGACAAUGUUUCAAAUCUGUGGAUUAUUUUAGUUACUAAAUGCCUAAUUCACAAGUUCCAUUUUUGUCUUGGGAAGGUUCUACUCUAAUACACCCAGUAUUUCCAAAUCCUGCUGAAAGAUUUUAAUAAACUUCUUGAUGGAGUAAUUCCAGGGACAAUGAUGUAACUGUGAGGAAUUAAAUGUUUUGGUGUCAAUAGCCAUGGUCUUGCUAUGACCAAAAUUCAUGAGAGUUUGUUACUGACUUCACUGACAGUGAGAUGAAGCCCUGCAUUACACAUACUGUAUGUAGGAUUCAGCUCUCCAAACAGAUUCUCCUUUCCUGCAUCCCGCUACUGUCAUGGUUGAUUUGUUGUUAGAGAACCAGCACUUACUAGGACACAUGCUGUCUUGUCAUUCAAAUGUAUCACUAAAAUUUUUGCUAGUUUUAAUUUCUCUGUUGAGAGUUUCAGGUUGAGAUGUAGGUUGGUCCUUCAGGGCACGAUCCAAAGUCAGUUAAAUCCAUGAGAAGAUGCCAAUAGACUGAAAGAGGUUUUGGAUCAAAGGUUUCUAUAGAUUUGCAUGGAAUGGAUGGUCACAUUUAAUAGGGGAGAAGAGAGUGCACUGACCAUAAAAGACAAGGCUACUACCUCAGGGAUAUGAUGAAAUAGAUUAUGAUUACCUUCAACAUGGCAGAGCUGAACUGCAAGGUACAAAAGGUGGUUGCUGCACUCUUUUUUUUAGCUGGAAUGGGCUACCAUCUCUGCGUUUUGAAUAAGUACUUAAAAUGACCUACGCAUCUAAUAGAGUAUCUAACAGAAAUGUUUUUGGUUGUUUUUUUUUUUCCCUAGAAAAUUCCCCAAAGUCCUGGAUUUAAAUUCAGGAGAAAACCAUCAAACCAUCCCCAUCAAACAAACACAAUCUACAAAAAAAUGAGAUUUGUCUAUCUUUCUUCUUUCCUAAACAUUAUGCAAUAUUAUCUCCCCUUCAUAAUAGAAGUUCUAGCUGAUCAUUUCCCUCUUUGAACAAGCGGUUUCAUACUCCUAGUGCAUUGCAGUGUAAGUUUCGAGAUUUGCCAGUUAAUGAAACGCGCAGUAGCAAACAAAAUAACUAAUGCCCUCCUAGUGGUUCUGUUUAUUGGACUCUCUCAUUAAUUCCCUAUCUCAAGAAAACCAUCCUACUCUAAGAUUCUUAACACAUAAACACGUAAGCAUUUUAAAGCUUAUGGCCAUGAUUCCCUAUCUGCCUCUCCCCAAGAAACAUGUAGCUUUGAAUUGGCAGUGUAGUAUUUUUAAUACCAUUUCUUUUGCAGCAAUUUCUUCACCCAAGUUUUCUACAUAAGGUAGAGAGGGCUAUUUCAGAUUAAAAGUUGGAAAAGUUGUUUCUUGGCUAACUCUGGUGAAGGAACUGGAUUCAGUCAGGACUUCAGUAUAUGUUGCUCUUACCUAGCGCCUUGCGUCUGCUUCUGUUGAGGCCAAUGUCAAAAUUCUCUGAUGGUAUCAGUUACGUCACGCACGGUGAUGCUGUGGCUGAAAACCCGGAGACUAACAAAAAGGGCUUGUUCUUGUUUGGUGCAGUAUAACUCCUAUUGACUUCAGUAACAAUGACAGGUACUCUGUGCUUCUCAGGAUUGCAUCUGCAGUUUAGCAAGGAAAAAAAAUCUUUAAAAGAUCAUGUGAAACCUUAUUUACUGAAAGGCAAUAGUUUAUGUUCUAGCAAAGCAACCUUCAUUGAUCAAGUUGGAAUUAAUUGUUUUAAUUUUGUCAUCAGGGUUUUUUUUAAAAAAAACCACUUUGACUUACAGAAAAAAUGCAAGAAAAAUAUUUGACUACCUUCUAAAAAUUAACUUUGAUUUACUCUUGGAAGAUAACAUGGUUGGUAUGUUCUCUCAGGAUAGCCUCUAUCUAUUUCUGUGUGUUGGUUUUAAACAUAUCUGAAUUAAAAGGGUUUUUAAUCUCUGUCUCUUCUGUGAAAUUAGAUUGUACACAACUAAAUAUGACUGCUCUUCAUAGUUUGCUGUUCUAGCAUAGCCAUAAAAUGUAUCAAUGUAUGUGUAUAUAUGAAUAACUAUUUGAUGACAGACACUUUAUAUUAUAUAUUUAAGCAGCCAUGUCAAAACCUUAAAGGUAGAUGGCUUCAAAAGUAAUGGUAUAGUCAUAAUACUCACAAACUAUUUUACAAACAAACCGUGGCCUCAGCACAGAUCUCAUAUCCUUACCAGUAGUCUGAAACCCACCUUUUCUUUAAAGACCCCAGAUAACAUUUUGUUUUGCCAUUGCUUCUUUUCCUCUUACCAAGAUGUAUUUGAAUAAUGACAACUACCUGUGACUCAGUCUUCACCAUUCAUCUCACAGAAAAGCAGCCUUGGUACUGUACCUCUAAGUUGUAUCUUCAUCGGUCUGAACUUGUGUAGCAUUGCACACAGCAAGCGCGCUCUACUCAGAAUGAGACUGAACAUUUCACAGCUGGUAUCGUUCGUUUCCCCCUGGGACUGCCUCACUGUUCAGAAUGACUUUUCUUCACGUAAUAUAUCUCCCAUACAUGUUCCCACUGCAUUUUUCUUUCUGCCUUUUUGCCUGUUCAUAACAGUAUUGUAGGAAUAGCCAUGAAAUAAAAAGCUUAAUGUACUGAUUUGCAGUCCCAAGGGGAAUUUACAUUAGAAGUGAAGUUGUUAUUAUUUACUGAAAAGUGGUGUUAUCUUCUUUUUUUUAUUAUUAUUCUAUUCCUAUGAUAAUAUGAUGUUCCAUGUAAAUUUUCAUGUGCUGGCAUGCCUACAAGUUAAUAGUGUAAUAGAAUGCUCAGCUCUCAACAUUAGGAUGUUUUUAAGGUGAAUUGCAUUACAUAUGCCAUCUCUUUGCAGAAAGAAUAUGGGGUUUGGCAAAGCUACCUGCUGAGCAACAUAAUAAGAUUUUUGUACAAAGUACAAGUUACUGAUUAUUAUUGUAUUUUAUUUUUCUAUGAUUUCCUAAGAGGCAUUAUCAGGUCUUACAGAUGGGGUAAGCCUGUUUAUUAAGAUAUUUAUUAGCAAAUAAAAGUUACAGUACUGGUGGUUA